AUGACCUUCCCCACGCUUCCCCUCGCUCAGCGCCUCUCCUACGAGACGCUGGGGCAAAUCUUCCUGGUCCUUGUGGACUUGUCACCCGACUGGGCCCGGCUGCGUCCGUUAGCGGGCCCGCUCGCUUUGACCGGCGUGUGUGCUUCCUGGCGCGUUGUCGCGCUGUCGCUACCCAUGCUUUGGAACAGCUUGGUUGUCGAUUUCCUUCCCCCGGACAACCAUCGCGUCCCCAGCCUCCGCUGGGUCGACUCGCGCUUUUGGAUGGCGUAUACUUGGCUGGCGCGGGGGCGGUCGCUAGGCCUCUGCUUGGACUUGAAAAUCAGCUUGUGGAAGCCCACCGUGGAGCCCAAGGUGGAGAUUCUGCUGCGACACUUUGCAAGCUCACUCGACAUCCUUCGGCUGAGCACGGAAGGCAGCAGCCUGUCUUCAGAGAGGCGCAACGUGCGACUUGAUUCCCCGAGUGGGUAUCCUCGCCUGCGGGAGCUCGACCUCGCCAUCAACAACGACUUCCAAUGGCCACCUUCCUUUACCAUCGCCUUCCCCCGCCUAGAGAGACUCUCCUUCCGUCCUCACAUGCGUGCGAGCUCCUCCUACAAAAAUCUCGCACCGGCAGACCUUCCAAUCGAAAACUGGGGCCGAAUUACACAUUUACGGCUCGACAUGUGCGGCGAAAUUGACGAAAUGUGCAAAACCGUCGAAAACUGCCCCCAACUACGAGGCCUGCACCUUGCUGGCUUUGGCAUGGGGCCCCCCAGCGAUCAGCCAUUAUCCCUUCCCUCCCUUACUUUGCUCAACAUCGAGACCUCCAGUGGCUGGCCACUUGCACCGCUCCUCCGCUGGAAGCUACCAAAAUUGCGCACCCUUUCUCUCGGCGAGGUCCGCGUCAACCAGCCACAACACAUGAUUACGUGGAUUCAGGGCGUAUUCCAGUCUGUCCCGUUCGAGCGCGUCACUUCCUUUGCCGUGGCAUACAACUAUACCACCCCGAACUUUUUCGAGCUCCUCUUGCCCACGCUUCCGCGCAUGCGAAGGCUGCGCAUCCCCUUUGACGCGGACUUCUGUUCCAAAAUUGUCGACACCGCCAAACGGCUGCCGCUCGAGCAGCUUUGCAUAAGCGUCGGCAUUCGCCAGCAGCACCACGAGCUCGCUGGGCCGAUCACGGAGGCAAUGCGCGCGCUGACCGCGGCCCUCCAUGCCGGCAAGUUUGGGCCGCGGAUGAGUCCUGCGGCUAUCAUCUUCCUCGUCGAAUGUUGGUACCCGCUGGACCCCGAGCCACAGGCACGCGUGGAUCAGUUCCUCCGCGACGCCGGGCAGCUCGGCGUCACGGUGCACACGGGCCAGCCGAGCACGCUGCCGAAGCGUCUAUUCCACGUAUUCGACGCGUAA